AACUCAAGCAUUAGCACCAACAAGCUCUGAGCAUCAUCAGUCUCUGGAAAGCCUUCUGAAUUAGACAAGGGCUGCCUCUCAGCAAAGCUACAAAACACUUUAAACCUGACCAGCUAAAUGGAUAAACCUAGCCUGCAUAGCUUUUAAACUGGGGUCUCCUACAGCACAGGAGGCCUACUGCCUUCAAGAAUUGAAAAUCCAGAGGAUGAAUUGCUUGAUCUGGAAUGGCAAAAGCCAGCACAAGAAGGAAUGUCAGUUUGUAUGGGGCUAGUAGCUCACAUGCGGGAUCAGAAUAUUGUGAAUGACAGCUGCACUGUGUCAUGAAGGUGGUGGAUGUUUCCGCACCAGAGACCAAAUAAGAAGAAAGCUGAGAAAGGGUUGGAAUACGUUUUUUGGAUGACAAAGAAUGGGUUUCCAUUUAAUUACGCAGCUGAAAGGCAUGAGUGUGGUUCUGGUGCUACUUCCGAUCCUGCUGCUUUUUAUGCUCACGGGUGCUCAGAGAGCUUGCCCAAAAAACUGCCGGUGUGAUGGGAAAAUUGUAUACUGUGAAUCACAUGCUUUUGCAGAUAUCCCCGAGAACAUUUCCGGCGGGUCCCAAGGCUUAUCGUUAAGGUUCAACAGCAUUCAGAAGCUCAAAGCCAAUCAGUUUGCUGGCCUUAACCAGCUUAUAUGGCUUUAUCUUGACCAUAAUUACAUUAGCUCCGUGGAGGAAGAUGCUUUUCAAGGGAUCCGUAGACUGAAAGAAUUAAUUCUCAGCUCCAACAAAAUUACCUAUCUGCACAAUAAAACAUUUCACCCAGUUCCCAAUCUCCGCAAUCUGGACCUCUCGUACAAUAAACUUCAGACUUUGCAAUUAGAACAAUUUAAAGGCCUACGGAAGCUUAUUAUUUUACAUUUGAGAUCUAACUCCUUGAAGACUGUGCCCAUAAGAGUUUUUCAAGACUGCAGGAAUCUUGACUUUCUGGAUUUGGGUUACAAUCGUCUUAGGAGCUUGUCACGCAAUGCUUUUGCUGGCCUUUUGAAAUUAAAAGAGCUCCACUUGGAGCACAAUCAGUUUUCCAAGAUCAACUUCGCUCAUUUUCCACGUCUCUUCAACCUCCGGUCCAUCUACCUACAGUGGAACCGGAUUCGCUCCAUUAGCCAAGGCCUGACCUGGACUUGGAGUUCCUUACACAACUUGGAUCUAUCAGGGAAUGACAUCCAAGGCAUAGAGCCGGACACAUUUAAAUGCCUACCCAAUUUGCAAAAACUGAACUUGGAUUCCAAUAAGCUGACCAACAUCUCCCAGGAAACUGUCAACUCAUGGAUCUCACUAAUAUCCAUUACCUUGUCUGGAAAUAUGUGGGAAUGCAGUCAGAGCAUUUGUCCUCUAUUUUUUUGGCUCAAGAACUUCAAAGGCAAUAAGGAAAGCAUCAUGAUCUGUGCAGGACCUAAGCACAUCCAAGGGGAAAAGGUGAGCGAAGCCGUGGAGACAUACAACAUCUGUUCUGAAGUCCAGGUGGUCAACACAGAAAGACCACGUCUGGCUCCUCAAACUCCCCAGAAGCCCCUGAUUCUCCCCAAACCCACUCUAUUCAAGUCUGUUGCUACCCAACUCACCCGAGACACAACAAGCCCUUCCCCGGGGUUUCAUAUUCCUGGCACAGAGCAAGAAUACGAGCAUGUUUCCUUUCACAAAAUCAUUGCAGGGAGUGUGGCUCUGUUUCUCUCGGUGGCCAUGAUCCUGUUGGUCAUCUAUGUGUCUUGGAAACGCUAUCCAGCCAGCAUGAAGCAACUUCAACAGCAUUCUCUUAUGAAGCGGCGGCGGAAAAAGGCCAGAGAGUCUGAGAGACAAAUGAAUUCCCCUUUACAGGAGUAUUAUGUGGACUACAAGCCUACAAACUCUGAGUCCAUGGAUAUAUCGAUUAAUGGAUCUGGGCCCUGCACAUAUACCAUCUCUGGCUCCAGGGAAUGUGAGGUAUGACCAUGAUGCUCUAAAAGCCUAACUACUGCGGGGAAGGAGAGGUAAAUGUUUGAAGCUCUAGAGGUGUCUCUAAUCACUAGAAAGAUUAAUGACCCUUUGCUUUGGGGUUUUGCUCGGUGUGAAAGGUUACUUAAUUAAAUUACAACCACCAGGAAAUUGACUGCUUUUGUUUUAAUGGUUGGAUCUUGAAGGAAGUUCAUUCAAGGAUGAGAUUAAGUUGGAAUAAAGCACGAUGUUAAAACACCUGCUUUUUAAAAAAAGAGUUUGUAUACAGGUUUUGGAUGUACAAUCACAUAUACACAGAAACAAAACUCUUUUUUGUUCCAUUCUGAAACUUAUGUCUGCUUCUUGGUGUGGAGUUUUAAAAAAAUGAGGGGCCAGUAUAACUUAAAUGAAAAAAAAAAAAAUGAGCUUACCAAGAUUUCAGAAGGUAACAAAGAUUUAAACCAAAGAACAAUUUACCCAAGGUUUGAUUUUUGUUAUGAAUUUUUAUUUUGAAUUAGAGCAUGCAGUAGGGAUUCCACAGACCUGUCACUUGCUAUUUAGUUACUACAUUAGCAGAGAGAAUAUGUGAGAUCUCCUGGGGAAUUGUGUUAAUUUUUCUUUUUUUUUUUCCUUUUGGUUCUUUACUUUAUGCUUCCUUUCUUCAUUCUAUAUAUUUUUUCCUUUUAAUGAAAGUAUUCCUCAAAGUUUUUUUUUUCCUAAGUGAUGUUUGUGUAUAAUUAGAAUUAAACUUAAAUUCUCCACUUUAUAUACAUCUCUGGCAACUUGUAUGAGGCCAGGAUCCUGUGGAUGUAUUAGCAGCAAUGUAAUGACAGGAGUGACAAGACUUGUUUUACUGGCAUCCACAAAAUAAAUGACAUGUACUCUUCUUAACAUUUUCUACAAUGAAAGGAUUCAUAUAUUUAUAUAUAAAAGGAGAAAGGUUUAUUCUGAGUACUCUUCCUUUCUGUAAUAGCCUUCAGUGGAGGUAUGUAUUUCAUGCUGUACGCUUUUUGUUUAUAUAAGAAUAUAUUUGGGCUCAGUUUCUGAUUGCUUAUUUUAAAAGGCUACUCAUAGGAACAUGUCUGUUAGUAGAAAAAGAGUCACAAACUUCAGACUUGUCAAUCGGUAAUACUAGAUGCGAUCUGUUCUUUCCUUAGUGAAAUUGAUCAUAAUGUGAAAAGACUGUGACUACCAAGGCCUUUUUGUUAGAAUAAAGUAAACAAGAGAGGUUUUGUUCUGGCAAUAUGUGCUUUUAGUAUCUGAAUUUAGACAAUUUUUUAAAAGAGAAUUUUAAUGAGCAUUUAAAGAUCUUACCCAUUUUAAUGCUAUUUAUGACAGUUGGAAAAUAUUAUAUGCUCUUUGAUAGUUCAUACUCCAACUUUUCCAAAAUCCAAAAUGCAAUGCUAACGAAAAUUGUUUCAGAUAAGGCAUUGAAUUUAAAAUAAUCUCCAACUGAGUACAAUUGGACUAUUGAACUGUUCUUUAUAGAAUUCAUUUUCCUCUACUUUUGUGUAUCAAUGAAAAUAAGAGUCAUACUCUCAAAAUAAAUUCCUGAAAGAAACGUGUAUAAGCAAUUGCCCUUAAAAAUUAAACAGAAUAAAAGUGUACCAUAAAAGUGUGACAAGG